UUCCAGGCAGGCAGUUUUCAUUGUGUGUGUGUGUGUGUGUGUGUGUGCGCGCGUGUCAUUAGCUCAUCAAGCUACUGCUGCAGUUGCACGCUCGUUCUGAUGUAUUUGGAGCCUGUCACUCUUAAUCAAAGGCAUAGACUAGCCUAAUAAAAAAAAAUAAUUCCUUGAUAUAGUCAGUCUGUAUCUACAUACCGAACACUGUUUGAGAUAAACCUUUGCUAAUUAAUACAUUUCUAGCUAUUGAUCAAAAAAAUAAUAAUAAUAAUUGCAAUACCUAUGCAAAAUGACUGGGUUAGAUAUUUUAUCAUCCCUGAAAAAUGGGACAUGUUCUUAUAGAUUUGUGUUUAAAAUCUCUAUAGCAUCUCACAUGCUGUAUCGCUUGCCUGCUCCAUUUACUAUCCUGUUCCCACACACACACACACACACACACACACACACACACACACACACACUGUUCAUUUGAGAGGUAUGGGGGCUGUACUACGCUGUGUGCAAUCAGCGAUUUCCAGCACCUAGGUUAUGGCAUUCUCCCCCCAUCCUUACAAAGGAUGCUGCCUGCUGUCGGAGAGCUGUUUCUGCUAUUGCUGCUGCACACAGUCCACAGACAGGACUCUCUGUGCUGCCGUUGUGAUUCGGGUGCUGGCUCUCUCAUGCAAUGAUACCUCCCUGAGAGAAUUUCUCUGAACCAAACCACGAUACUGAAGCUGUCAGCGUGAGCUUUUUUUUUUUUUUUUUUUUUUUUUUUUUUCCGGUUAAGAGAGAAGCAUUUUUUUUUUUCUUGUGGAGUUCUAACCAUGCCCAGCCUGGAUUAGCAACAGAGGGUCUUUCUUAUUGGAUUGCUGAUCGCUUGAUACAUACGUUGGGAGAUGGAUAGUGGGAGGUGCCGCUGGCUGGUGUCACGUUAUGUGUACAUUGGAUAUUUUUCCCCGCUCGGAGAACGCCAUUCGGAGGCUGGUUCUCUGAAAAGCUUUCAUCUUUAACACGAGCUGAAGGAUCUGGACUGAGGGAGGAGAAUGUCAUUCUACACGAGGCAAAGGAAGGUUCUGCUGCUUCUUGCCGUGCACAGAUUUGAGGAAGGGCUGCACUGAGGAUUCAUUAGCUUCACAGCCAUGGGCUACAGCGCUACAAUGGGACCCCAGUAGAAAGCACACAGUGUGUACAGGAUGCCUGGGCAGUGACCUUUCUGUCUUCUUCUUUAUUAAAAGAAGAGGGUGAAGAUCUUGAAAGGGAGAAAGGGCCGCCCGGUUUUAAAAGAAGAACACAGGGAAGGGAAGGCUUACAGUUAUUUGAUUACAGCUUUUUUUGGGGGGAGGGGGGGAGGCUUACAAUAGUGAAUUUUUUUCGAGCACAUGUGCAACCCUCUGCCACCCUGCGCCAGCUUUCUAUGGUGUGCCAGCUCCAGCGUGAACCCAUGAGCCGGCCAGCCACUCUCCAACGCAGGACCACCUACCUCAUCUCGCUGACCCUGGUCAAGCUCGAGGCAGUGGGGGGUGAAGGAGAUGGGGCCGCAGAUGAUGAGGAUGCCCUUGAACGGGCGGCUUUCGUGCAGGGAGGGGUUGAAAGUUCAGCCCAGCAGGAAGAUUGCCAGAAUCCUGAGAGAGGACGCAGGGUACCUGGAGAAGGUGCGAGCUUAACCACCAGGGGUGGUCCUGCCUUGACUCCACUUGACCCUCGAUUUGGAAACGCUCCUUCUGGCACCAGAACAGGGUUCAAAGAUGUGGAGAAGGAGGAAGAAGGAGAUGCUCCACCAGAAGAGCUGAGUGGAGGAAGGACUCGUCCCUCGGUCAAGCAGUCAGAAGGCCAGCUUCCAGUGGAGACUUCCAAAGCAUCCAGGGAGCUCAAACCCUGGAAGUCGGUGGAUAUCGAAGCCAGCCGGACGGCAAAAUGCCAGAUCCCGGUCCGGAUAGGCCAAAGGCCCGGCUUGCUGUUAAAAUCCCACAGCACCAGUAGGAAAGACCCGAAGGAAGGCUUGAGCACCAUGGCGGCAAAGAGUCUGGAUAGGAAAGAGAAGGGAGUCAAAGCAGGAGGGGGAAGCAGCCGGCUAUCCUGGCCUGAAAACGAAGCAAAACCCAAGGCCAAGGGGAGUGGCCCUGCCAAGGGGAGCCCCACAAAUGAGGGGCAGGCAAAAACUGGAACCCCCUCGACCGUUAGCCUCAUCCCCAAGGCGCCAAGGAAAGGGAAGAGCCGCACGCUGGAUAACAGCGACCUGCACUGCCUGUCGGAGGACCUCAAGAGGGGGAAGGAGGGAGAGAAAUCCCGGACCUCCACUCGGGACCGAAAGAUGCUGAAGUUCAUCAGCGGGAUUUUUACCAAAAGCUCUCCGGCCGCAAACAUCUCUUCCCCUCCUUACAGGACGAUUCAGAGAGAGUCCAGUGACGAGGACCGCUCACUAGGGGCGGCGUUUUCUAACACUCAGGAAUGGUCACUCAGUCGCAGCAUUUCAGAGCUCCGGCUGGGGGUCGUGGGCAGCGUCCGCAGCGGGAAGUCAGCGUUGGUUCACCGGUUCCUCACGGGCAGCUAUCAGGGACUAGAGUCCCCUGAAGGGGGUCGAUUCAAGAAGGAGGUGCAGGUGGAAGGACACAGUAAUUUGCUUCUGAUCCGAGAGGAAGGCGGACCUCCAGACUCCCAGUUCUCUAACUGGGUGGAUGCGGUGGUCUUUGUCUUCAGUCUGGAGAAUGAAGCCAGCUUCCAGGAGGUCUUGAAGUACUACACACUGCUGGCUAACUAUCGCAACACCAGCGAUAUCGCCGUCAUACUGGUGGGCACGCAGGACAAAAUCAGUACUUCUAACCCUAGGGUGAUUGAUGAUGCCCGUGCCAGGCAGCUUUGUGUCGACCUCAAGCGAUGCACCUACUACGAGACGUGUGCCACCUACGGGCUUAACGUGGACCGCGUCUUCAACGAAGUGGCGCAGAAGAUUGUGUCUCUGAAGAAGCAGAGCGUUCUGAUGGCUUCCUGCAAAUCCCUGCCCAACUCCCCCAGUCACUCCGGCAGCUCCACCCCAGCGUCGGCACAGAUCCCCGGGCAGGCCAGUAACGGAGGUCAUGCCAGCGACUACUCCUCCUCUCUCCCCUCCACCCCAAACGUGCCUCACCGAGAGCUGAGGGGUGAAGCAGGGCCAGGCUUCUCCACUCCAGGAUCUCUACACCGGGGACCGCGACGCCGAACCUCCCUCUUCACGAACCGAAGAGGCAGCGACUCAGAAAAGAGAAGCCUGGACAGUAAGGGGGAUAACAUCGGCAGCGGCCGGGCCAUUCCCAUCAAACAGAGCAUUUUGUUGAAAAGAAGCGGAAAUUCUUUGAACAAGGAGUGGAAAAAGAAAUACGUCACGCUGUCGAACAACGGCGUUCUCUCCUAUCACCCCAGCAUGAACGACUACAUGCAGAACUCCCACGGGAAGGAGAUUGACCUGCUAAGGACGACGGUCAAGGUCCCAGGGAAGCGGCCACCUCGAGCAGUGUCCACCUGUGGGUCCUCCGUCGGGAUCAACGGGCUGGUCAAGGACAUGGGCAACGUGGGCGUGGCUGAGAGUGCCAGUGCCCCUUCCUGCCCCAGCGGCCUGCUCCCCGUGGAUGAGCAGGCUGUCAGCAGCACCUCCAAACCGGAGAAGAGCCUCCAGCGCUGCCCCUCCUCGCUGUCCAACAAGGGACAGAGCAUCGACUCUAACCUGUCCAUGGAGAGCAUGGCCAGCCCACCCAGCGGAAAGGACCCCCCCCCUCCAUCCCCCAUGAUCGACAGGAAGAAGCAUCGAAGAAAGAAAAGCAUGAACCUGAAAGGAGACAUGACAGUGGGGCAGGCAGAGGCCAAGCGCAAAAUGUGGAAGUUAAAAAGCUUUGGUAGUUUGAGAAACAUUUACAAGACAGAGGAGGAGAAUUUUGAGUUCAUGAUUGUGUCGAGCACCGGGCAGACCUGGCAUUUCGAGGCCUCCAGUCUGGAGGACCGGGACUCCUGGGUCCAUGCCAUCGAGAGCCAGAUCCUGGCCAGCCUGCAGUCCUGCGAAAGCAGCAAGAACAAGGCGCGCAUGGACAGCCAGAGUGAGGCUGUCGCACUCCAAGCCAUUCGCAACACCAAGGGCAAUGCGUUCUGCGUGGACUGCGGAGCUUCCAACCCCACCUGGGCCAGCCUGAACCUGGGCGCCCUGAUCUGUAUCGAGUGCUCAGGGAUCCAUCGGAACCUGGGGACCCACCUGUCGCGAGUGCGCUCCCUGGACCUGGACGACUGGCCCCUGGAGCUGACCCUGGUGCUGAACUCCAUCGGCAAUGAGAUGGCCAACAGCAUCUGGGAGAGGAACACCCAGGGCCGUAGCAAACCCAGCCCAGAUGCCACGCGGGAGGAGCGGGAGGCGUGGAUCCGUGCCAAGUACGAGCAGAGGCUGUUUGUGGCAGAGCUGCCGGACUCCGAGCUGGGGGUGGGGGUGCGCUUGCUGAGCUCUGUGCUGGAGCGAGACCUGGCCUCCCUGCUGCUGCUCCUCGCUCACAGCCGGAAAGAGGAAAUCAACGCUCCCCCGCCCCCCCGGGACAAGGACCGCCGCAGCGCCCUGCACUUGGCCUGCGAGAUCCCCGACGUGGUCAUGACGCAGCUGCUCGUCUGGUAUGGCAGUGAUGUCAAGGCCCGUGAUGCCCAGGGCCAGACAGCGCUGGCGUACGCUCGCCGAUCGGGCAGCCAGGAGUGCGUCGACAUCCUUCUGCAGCACGGGUGCCCGAACGAGGGCCUGGCAGCACUGCCCACCCCCACCCUGAGCCGCAAUCGCAGCACGGCCAGCCUCGGCCGCGCCAACUCCCGCAGGGGGGUCUCGUAACCACAGCAACAGCAGCACGGGACCGGACCACUGCGAGGCGACAUGGAGGAGGGUGCUCUCUAUUUGGACUCCGCCCACUUUGGUGACAUCACAGACAGUGCCUAUAUGCCAACCAGCUUUGUACAGGGCGAACGCCAAUUAAGGGUCAAAAACAGACAGUUUAUAAAUAUGCAGACACUACUGAUAAAACAGCAACGGUAUUUGUGAGCUGGUAAAUCUGUGACCAUUGCUUUUAGAACAUUUUUCUGGGUUUAUUUAUUCACUAAAUCUGGGCUACACUUUGCUUUUUAAAAUUGCUGGUCUUAUUUAAGCAUUAUUGUCCCAUGACGUCAUAACCUGCUAGAUCAUUUACAGAAGCCACUUACC